GGGAUGUGCUCUGCUCCAGGCAGGAGCCUGCUGUUGGGUUCUGCUCCUGCAGCAGGGACCAGGGUACCUUUGGCAUCUCCCCAGGCCAGGUCCCGUACUGGGGACCCCAUAGUGGUGCUGAACCCCAUCACAUCGGUGCUGGAUCUCACUCAGCACAUGGUGUGGUUGCAGUGCUCAGAGGCACAACCACAGCGGGAUGGAGCCCAUGUGCUGCCCUGUGAUGUCCAUUGGCUCUGGCUGCCCGCAUCCCAGCAUGGACCCAGAGGCAUUGGCAGCGUGGGGCGCCCACCAUUCCCAAAUCCCAUCCUGUUAUCCUGAGGGAUACCUUGCUCCCAUGCCUGUGGCACAGACCCAGCAUGAGCCGUGGCUGGGGGUCCUGGCAAUGCCAAUGAGGGGCUCCAUCUACACUGGGGCACAGACCGAGGACCGGAGGAGCAGCCCCAAGGGAGACAGCAGCAAUUUAUCCCCAUGGACGCCCUUCCCUGCCUUUGGGGAAAGGGGAUUAUCGGGCUCUGAGCUGGGCUAAGGCAAGGCUGCAGGGAGGGGGCUCUCCUGCUUGGUGGGUCAGUGAUAACAGAGGGGUGCCAGGGGCACGCAGGGUGGUGGGAGGAGCCGGUGCCCCCACAUCUCCUCUCAUCCAGGUGUGAGGAGCCGUCCAGCGCCAGACCCACAGCGACCGCAGCACAGCCAUGAGCCUGGAGCCCCCCAAGGUGGAGGUCAAGUCAGUCACGAGGGUGACGGGGGGACCCGCCACCCCCCGGAAGGGACCCCCCAAAUUCAAACAGAGGCAGACGAGGCAGUUCAAAAGCAAGCCCCCCAAGAAGGGGGUGCAGGGGUUCGGCGACGACAUCCCGGGCAUGGAGGGGCUGGGAACAGAUAUCACCGUCAUCUGUCCCUGGGAAGCAUUCAGCCAUCUGGAGCUGCAUGAGCUGGCGCAGUACGGCAUCAUCUAGGGAGGCUGCGGCCACCGCUGCCCUCCCACCCUUUAGUGCUGUGUAGGUAGAGCCUGCCCCGUCCUUAUGGCGGGGCUCAGCCUGGAGAAAUGCUCAUUAAAACCCAAAAGGAGCGCGGGGA